CCGAUCUGUUGCCUCUGUCGCACAGCGCCGUACUAUGGUUCAAGAUCACCGACUGUGCUGGAAUUGUUUGGGACGCCACCGCUCACAGGACUGCCGCACCACUACAAGAUGUCGCCACUGUGGCAACAAGCACCACACGGCCAUCCACGAAGAAUCUCGGGCUAAUCCUCAACCGACUGCUGCUUCGGGCAGCUCAGGGCUCAAUUCUCUGGAAACAAUAGCCUUACUUGCUACAGCAACUUGCAGGGUAUAUUCGACAACGGGAGCUCCUCUGACAGCCAGACUUCUGAUAGAUCAAGGUUCUGAGCUGUCAUUCAUGACGAAUUCGCUACACAAGAAGCUGGGACUUCCUCUGAAAUCCGCAAACGUGGGCCUACGGGCCAUCGGCAACACAUCUGCUGGCCGCACAUUGGGCUCAUGCACUGUUGAGCUACAUUCGCUAUAUGGGAAGAAUUCGCUAAAGAUACAGGCCCACAUUCUCUCUGUGUUGGCGGUAGACUUGCCGUCAUACACCCUUAUCGACAAGAAAUGGUCGCAUCUACUGGGACUGCAAUUGGCUGACCCGCAAUUUCUGCAGUCCAGACCAAUUGACAUCAUUUUGGGAGCAGCACCUGCAGCUUUCAUCAUGAAUGAGAAGAUUCGCAAAGGGCCUGUUGAUUCGCCAAUUGCUCAGUCAACCCUCUUGGGCUGGAUUGUCUACGGCUCAGUCAAUCCAACUGCUACGAAAUAUUCGGCCAAUUCUCUGCACGUGUCAGCCGACGAACAACUACCGGAUCUGAUCUCCAGAUUCUGGGACCAGGAAGAACCGCAUGAUGAGCAGCACAUUCGCUAUAGUGAGCAGGAGGACGAAUGUGAAGCUCACUUUAGAUCCACACAUUAUCGUCACCCAAAUGGGCGUUACGUGGUGCACUUGCCACUCAAGGACAAGGUAGAAGCACUUGGGAAUUCACUGAGAUCCGCACAAUUUUCACUGCGUCGGGUUUUGAAACGGAUGAGCACGGACAUUACUUACAGUGACCUCUACCACAACUUCAUGUCUGAGUACGAGAACAUGGGUCACAUGAAACACAUUUCUAUGGCAGAUCUACCGGAACAACAUUGCUUCCUACCUCAUCACGGUGUCCUCAAGGAACAGAGCACUACUACAAAGCUCAGAGUAGUGUUCAAUGGAUCAUGCAACACCUCAUCAGGAGUUUCGCUGAAUGGGAUCUUACACGUUGGGCCAAAAAUACAAGUAGACAUCUGCGAUGUACUACUCCGCAUUCGUCGGUUUCCAAUACUUUUCGGAUCCGACAUCACAAAGAUGUUUCGGCAAAUUGACAUAGAUCCGAAGGACUGGCCGUUACAGUCCAUCCUCUGGAAGACCAAGGACAAUUCUCAGCAAGCGUACACCCUCACUACGGUCACAUACGGCACAACUUGUGCUCCUUAUCUUGCUGUAAGGACUCUACUGCAACUAGUAGAGGACGAAGGAUCCAAAUACCCGCUGGCAGUAGCUCCAAUGACUGAAACCCGUUACGUAGAUGACAUCUACGGGGGAGCUGACACAGAGACGGAAGCGAUUGCAAUCGCUAAACAAACCAGGGAACUCUGUGCAGCUGGAUGCUUCCCAUUAACAAAAUGGUCAAGUAACAGCGCUCGGUUACUCGCUACAAUGUCACCAAACGAUCAACCAGUGAACUCGCUACGGGAAAUCGGAGAUACUACGGUGAAGGUCCUCGGAGUUGGCUGGAAUCCUCACCACGAUGUAUUCCAGUUCAACUAUCACUUGGCUGAAGAUCCUCCAGCAACAAAACGGGCAAUCUUGUCUGAAAUUGCUCGUCUGUAUGAUCCUCUCGGUUUCCUCGCUCCGAUCAUCAUCAAAGCCAAGGUGAUCAUGCAAGAACUCUGGCUUGAAAAACUGGGCUGGGAUGAUCAAUUGGCUCCGACACAACUCCACAAGUGGACGGUAUUUCGAGCGGACCUCACCAACCUUGCUAACCUCCGGGUAAACAGAUGGAUUAAUCUCAAGGAGAAUGUGUCUGCAGAGCUCCACGGGUUCUCAGACGCAUCCCAACUCGCUAUGGCUGCGGUGGUCUACCUGAAGGUGACGGAUCUUCAGGGGAAUUCGUCAGUUGCACUUUUAUGCUCCAAAACUCAAGUAGCCCCUCUGAAACCACUCACAAUUCCACGGUUGGAGUUGAACGCUGCCGUACUUCUCACCAGACUUACUCUCUACGUGCGAAAAACACUUAACUUGGAGCAAAUACCAAUCUAUUUGUGGACUGACUCUGCAGUAACCCUCGCUUGGAUACAAAGUCAACCCUCUCGCUGGAAAACUUACGUACGCAACAGGGUUGCGAAAAUACAAGACACUCUUCCUGGAAGCCGCUGGACCUUUAUCGCUGGGAAAAGUAAUCCAGCUGACUGUGCUUCGCGAGGACUGUCAGUUGGCAAACUGCUGAAACACCCGCUUUGGUGGUCGGGUCCAAAAUGGCUCAGUUUGUCCCAAGAAAACUGGCCAACUAUUGAACCACCUGCUACGACCGCAACUCAUCAGGAAGAGAGACCAGGUCUAACCUUCAUGACAUUCGCUAAAACAGAUUCACAUCCUCUGCAAAUUCUCUUAGAACGCUUUUCUCGCUGGGUUUCGCUGGUUCGAACGCUUGGAAUCUGUCUACGUGCCAUCAGCCGAAUGAAAAAGGUGCCACAGUCCUCAUUAGCCACCCCGCUAUCUGCUGGAGACCUGGAACCCGCAAAAUGGCUACUGGUCAAAUAUACACAAGGCCAGUACUUCUCAUCGGAACUCAAGCUGCUUUCUGACGGGGGAUUCCUACCAAAAAAUCACCCACUCGCCAAGCUGACCCCCUUUGUCGACUAUCACGGAAUUUUGAGAGUCGGUGGCCGCUUGAAAAAUUCGCUAUUGGACAGUCAGCAGAAAAAUCCAGCGAUUCUGCCUAGAUACUCACUGCUGACGUCACUCCUCAUCGAUCAUGCACACAAACGGAACUUUCACGGGGGAACGCAAUUGACUCUGGCUGCGUUACGCCAAUCCUACUGGAUUAUUGGUGGCCGCGUACCAGUCAGAUCUCACAUCUUACGCUGCGUAGUCUGUGCUAGACACCGAGGUGUUCGAGCACAGCAAUUGAUGGGACAACUGCCCCCCUCUAGAGUGACUCCCGCACGAGCGUUUCUACAUACAGGAUUAGACUACGCUGGGCCAGUCACUCUGAAAACCUUUCAGGGUCGUGGAGCGAAAACUUACAAGGGGUGGAUUGCAGUUUUCGUGUGUUUCACGACCUCCGCUAUACAUCUGGAACUCGUCACGGACUACUCUACAAGCGCAUUCAUCGCAGCGUAUCGGAGGUUCGCAAGUCGCCGGGGCGUCUGCCACACCAUAUAUUCGGACUGUGGUACAAACUUUGUGGGUGCAGAUGCAACUCUAAGGGCUGAAUUCGCAUCAGGAUCAAGAUCACUGGGAGAACUUUCACAUUUACUGGCUACAGAUGGCACAACCUGGAAGUUCAAUCCGCCUGGAGCUCCGCACUUUGGAGGUAAAUGGGAAGCUGCCGUCAAGUCUAUCAAAUUCCAUCUCACAAGAACUAUCGGAGAGCAUCUGAUGACUUACGAGCAGCUCACUACGGUUUUGACACAGAUCGAAGCCGUGGUAAAUUCUCGGCCUCUCGCCCCACUCUCGGAAGAUCCUGCCGACCUGGAGCCUCUAACUCCAGGUCACUUCCUCAUUGGAGAACCACUCACCGCUGUUCCGGAACCUUCGCUACCUUCAACAACGGAAUCGACGCUAACUGGGUACAAGUUGCUACAGCAACUGUUGCAACAGUUUUGGAGACGUUGGAGCAACGAGGUGCUUCAACGUCAUCAGGGCAUCUCCAAAUGGCAUCGGGCGUCCAACGACAUCAAAGUUGGCUCUCUGGUGCUCCUCACAGACGAGCGGUUCCCACCUACCAAAUGGCCACUCGCUAGGGUAAUCGCUAUCCACCCAGGGAAGGACGGACAUACCCGCGUAGUGACACUGAAGACAGCUACCACGGAAUUGAUCCGACCAAUUGCGAAACUAUGUGUUCUGCCCAUUGAAGAUCUUGACGUCUCAGCCGUCAACCCGGGGGAGAAUGUUCAGUCAACACCCAAACUGCCCGGGCGAAGCGAAGUUCGGCUUACCCGCAGCAAGAAGGCAGCACUAAGCAGAGCACAGAUCACCCGACAAUCGAUAGCCAAUCAAUGA